CCGAGUACACGCCGCAUCCUCUCACUCUCCUCCUCUGUCUCCGGUCUCUGUGCUGCUGCCAUGACUCUGUGCUCCUCUCUGCUGCUCUGACACCUGGGCUCCUCCUCACCUGUUCAGCUCUCACAUCCAGCCUGCGCCCUCCCUCCUCUUCACCCUCAGCACCCACCAGGCUGGCAUCUUCACCUGCCAGGGCACAGCGGCCAUGCCUUUUGGAUGUAUCAGUGUCCGCAAUGAGAAAACGUAUAACUGCUUCUCGGAUAUCACAGACAAGUAUGAGAUUGGUCAGCUGCUCUGUGCAAAGGAGUUUUGCGAAAUAUGCCUCGCCCGAGAGAUGCAGACUGACCGCGUCUACGUCUGCAAAAAAUUCAUGAAAAAAGAUGGCCGAAAAGUGAGGAGAGCGGCAAAGAAUGAGAUAAUGAUACUGAAAAUGGUGAACCAUCCAAAUAUCCUGCAGCUGAUCGAUACUUUUGAGACCAAGAAAGAAUUUUAUAUUAUUCAAGAACUGGCCACAGGAGGAGAUGUUUUCGACUGGAUCCUGGAGCAAGGCUAUUACUCUGAGAAAGAUGCCAGUAAUGUGAUCCGCCAGGUUCUGGAGGCUGUCGCAUAUCUACACAACCUCCAUAUCAUCCAUCGAAACCUAAAGCUGGAGAAUUUAAUGUAUUACAAUCAGGAUAAUCACUCCAAGGUUGUCCUGCGAGACUUCUACCUGUCAUGCUUCGAGAGCGGAGAAAUUACAGAACCCUGCGGAACCCCUGAGUACUUAGCCCCUGAGGUGGUGUCCCGACACAGAUAUGGCCGUCCAGUUGACUGUUGGGCAGUAGGUGUUAUUAUGUUCAUCCUCCUUUCAGGGAACCCUCCUUUCUAUGAUGAAAACGAAGAGGAAAAUAGCGAGAAUCACAACAGGAAAAUUUUCCGUAAAAUUCUGGCCUGUGAAUAUGAGUUUGAUUCUCCAUAUUGGGAUGUCAUCUCUGCAUCAGCGAAAGAUCUAGUGUCCCGUCUGAUGGAGACGGACCAGGAGCAAAGAAUCACGGCACAGGAGGCAUUAGGACACAUCUGGAUUUCAGGAAAUGCUGCUUCUGAGAGAAAUCUUAAAGAAGGCGUGUGUGCACAGAUUGAAAAGAACUUUGCUAAAGCCAAAUGGAGGAAAGCCAUACGAGUUACCACGUUCAUGCAGCGAUUGAGAGCUUCCGAGGGCACAGCUGGGCGCCUUCCUGUCACCCCAAGAUCAUCCAUGAGCGUGUCCCAUGAAGUCACUGUGGAAGCCUGUCCUUCUCCCCAGUCUUCCCCCUCUCAAAACAGCAUUCCAAAGGCCGAGUGGAAUCCCAACAGAGUUCUGCAAUCCACAGAGUGUGGAGGACAUUCGUCUGGGCACCCAGAGCUCGCUGGUCCUCCUUAGAGCCCACUCACUAUGGUCUUCCUUAGUGCUCACUCACUCCAUCCUUCCACACACAAACCAAAAUAACAUCUAGUUAAAGACAUUUAUGUCUUGCUAAUGACAAAGAACGUGGGCAACUUCACCACAGACGUCCUACAAAGUAUACGUGACCUUGGAAAAGGACCUUGGUUAGACCAAAGGGACGGACAGCCCCCCUGGGAGCAAACAAAUGACCAGAAGACAGAUUAUUGCCUUGCAGCAUGGAAACUGACCCCAGACAAGACCUUGUUUACUAUGUAACUUACUUUUUUCUUCUGGUAAAUAGUUUUAUAAACUGACAAAUCCACAAACGCCGCACAACCUGGUUACUUUACGCCGAUUCAUGGACAUGUAUCCGAAACGAAUACCCAAUACAGCAAAGCCCACCAUUGAGGGUCUCCGGCAGACCUGCUGUUCAGACUCCAUGUCCUUCCUAUCUUCCAACCUAGUUCUGGGUGGGUGACCUGUUGCAUGUCAUCUGCAUGUUUAUAUGUUUUAGUUUGGACUGGAUACCCUUACUCACAGAGGCCGGUACCCUGGCAGUAAGGGAGGAUUUAAACCAAUAAAGAGAAAGUAACAAACCUUCAACCAUCUGUGCAUCAUUACAGCUCUCAUAAUGCAUUGCAAAGCAGAACAGGUGGUUCAUGGUUAAUAGUUACUGGCAAGGAAAUUGGGAUAUAAAAAAAUAAAUUGAUAAUAUUAGACCAUAAAAAAAAAUAUUGGACCACCACUGGAUCUAUCCAUCGGGAUACUUCUUGGAAUCAUAUAAAGCAUAUGGCCAACAUGUUGGAUACAUUAGAGAGCAUUAUUGUGCAUAUUUAAAGUGUACCUGUCAUCUGCAAAAACGUUUUAUACAAUGUAGAUAAUGCCAUGAUAACAUACAUUGGUUAAAAAAUGCUGUUCCUGCAGCUGUG